AUGAAGUUUCUUUCAAUGCUCGCCCUUCUUGUCGCCACUGUUGCUGCGGCACCUCAGUCUCUGGACAGCCUACCACUCGCUGGCGUGAUCGAGGAGGUCGGCAAGGAUGCGCAGCCCGGCCUGGAGCAGCUUCAAGAUCAACUAAAUACCGGCGACGGCAAGGGGGCCAAGGAUGUUCUUAGUGGUCUUCUGGGCGGUAUUGGACUCGGCGGUCUGGCCAGGUAA